AUGGCGCUCACGGAACUGACGCGGGAGACGACGACGGGGGGGGCGUCGCGGGCGGCGUCGCGCGCCGCGUGCGAGGUCCUGGGGGUUUUGAUCCACGGCGAGACGGAGCGCGUGGGAGGUGGGCAAGGCGUGGACGACGCGAUGGAUUUGGCGGAGACGGCGGGGGGGGGUGGAUGCGGGAUGGGCGCGGCGGAGACGUUCGCGGCGGAGGUGUUCGCGAAGGGUGAUGAUGCGAUUUUGGACGCCGCGACGGAGCACGCCGCGACGCUCUUCGGCGACGGGGGGGACGCCGAGGUGCGAGGCGUGGUGGCGGUCAUGACGUCGCUCGCGGGGGAUGAUGAAGAAAAGGUGAAGCGUGUGAUGGAUUGCGUGACGUCGAGGACGAGCGAGCGGGUGAUCCUGCGCGUGCGAUGCGCGAUGGCGGUGUACAACGACGCGAGCGAAAGGGCGAGCGUCGGGACGCGGUUGGAUUUAUUCGAGCGCGUCGCGAAAUACUGCGUCGAGGCGAAGCAAACGAAGAUUUACCCGAUUCUCAUCGCGCACGCCGGGGACGAGACGAUUUGGGGGACGGACGCGAAGACGCGAAGACGCGCGCUCAAGACGAGCGUGGAUUUGCUCAGGGAGUCAAAUGCGAGCGAGGAGGAACUCUUCGCGUGCAUGAUUAAGUACUUAGCGACGUUCGAGAACGACGCGGGGGCGGCGGGAGAGGCGGCGGACAUCGCAAAGGAGACCGUGCGCGCUUUCAUCGCCUCGCCGACCAUGUUCCACGGCGAUUUCAUGUCGCUCCAAGGAUUGAAGAAUGCCGACGCCGACGCGCUCAAGCUCCUCUCCACCCUUCUCACGGGGUCGGUGAGCGAUUACAAGGCCCUGAACGCGUCGAUCGUUUCUCGACUUGGCUUGAACGCGGACGAAUGCAUGGCAAAGAUGCGCAUCAUGGCGCUGUCCACGCUCGGUAAGAAGGGCGAGGUGACGUACGCGGAGAUCAAGGACGCGCUCCAGUGCGCCGACGACGAGGUCGAGGAAUGGGUCGUGCGAUCGGUCGGCGCGGGCGUCGUCGACGCAAAGAUGGACCAGUCACAACAGCGCGUCGUCUUCACUCGGUGCACCGAUCGCGUCUGGUCCGGGGAUGAAUGGAAGCGAUUGAGCUCGAGAAUCACAGAGUGGCGCACGUCCGUGGCGUCCAUCCAAAAGACGCUCGUCGCCAAAUAA